AGAUCCAUGGGGUUAGUCUCCGGUUAAGUGUUCUGCGAGAUGUACCACCCUCUGGUUUGUGCCGCACUCCUACUGUUUAGCUUUUGCUUCAGGGUCGAUUGCCUGCAAUUAAGCGACUGCAAUAAGACUUAUGUGCCCUUGAUACCGGAUGCGGAGCUAAUUACCAACCUCUCGCUCCGCAACUGCAGUCUGCCGCGCCUCGAAAAUGCUUUCUUCGUUCGCUUCAGCCAUCUUCUUCAACUGGAAGUGCAAAAUAGUGGACUUUCAGACUUGGACGACUUCUCCCUUAAUGGGCUGGCGAAACUGCAGUCCUUUUCCCUCAGUCACAACAAUCUAAGCAGCUUGAGGUCGUGGUCCAGCGAACCACUGGCUGCCCUCACAACACUAGACCUGAGCUACAACCGGUUGGCCAAGCUGAGGGAAAACAGCUUUUCACUUUUCCCUCACCUGCAGCAGAUUAACUUGGCCUCCAAUCACAUCAGUCAGAUCGCGGAGGACUCCUUCCAUGGACUGGCUCACUUAAAACACCUGAUUCUCAGCGGAAAUCGCUUGCAGCAUAUUGAUGGUACCUUCUUCCAGGGACUGCAUCGUCUUUCCAGCCUGGCACUGCAGCACAAUCUCAUCGAGAGCAUCGAAAUGGACUCCUUCGAGAGUAAUACACAUUUGCGAAGCCUUCGUCUUGAUGGGAAUCAGCUCGUCAGUCUUCAGUUUCUGAGUCAACGCGGCUUGGCCCGCCUCGUUCAUCUUAAUCUGUCCAAGAAUCAGGUGCAGAAGCUGGAGGACCAGGGAUUCUCUAAAAAUUUUGAGCUGCAAGCCCUGGACUUGAGUCACAACAACUUGACCGAGCUGAAAAAAGAAACCUUUUCUGGAUUGGAUUCAUUGGAGCGCCUGAAUAUCAGUUACAAUAACAUACACCUUAUGGAUGCGGAGAGUCUGGAAUUCCUCUCCAGCUUAAUCCAAAUCGAUGUCAGCCACAACCGAUUAACCACUUUACCGGUACAGAUAUUCCAAGCCAACUCUCAACUGGAGGAUGUUGUUUUGGCCCACAACAGAGUGAAGGCCCUAUCGCCUUUGAUUUUUAAGCAUCAGAACUACUUGCGGUACAUCCAGUUAGCAGGAAAUAUUCUCGACAAAGCCGAAUUCCUGGAAAGUCUAUCUCCGUCCUUGAAUCGCCUCUCGCUUAACGUGGAUCUGAGUUCAAAUCGCCUGCAGUCGGUCAGUAUGAAGGACUUACUCCACUUUCGGCAUAUAAACCUGGCGGAUAACAACUGGAGCUGUGCCUGGUUGGUGGGUAACUUGGUGCGCAAGCUGCCCCCUUCGAUAAACUUUGCUCGUCCUUGGACAGUAUUGAACAAUUGGAGCGAAAACCUGGCAAACAUUCAAGGAGUGGACUGCACGGAGGGCAACACAAAUCGCUCCAUUAUUCUCCUCAAUGUGGGUGAGGUUCUCCAUAAUGAAAAUACAAAUUGCGGCGGCGAGCUCACCUACGAUGAGCCAAACCCCUCACCACCUCCUCUGACCUGGCCAAAAAUACCCACAGAUCGGUUCGACUCUAGAUCAGUCAUAAUUUGGAUGCUGGUGGCCAUUGCAAUCGCCUUCGCUGGACUGCGAUGGCUGAGAAGAUUCGUGGAUCGCAAUGAGAACCGGACGGGUGAGAGGCUGAAGGCUCUGAAUGAUAUGUACGUCAGCAAGUGGCAGCCCACUAGAAAAGAUCAGCAGAGAUCAUAGCUUUCAUCCCACUAACAAACACGGCAUUUAGGCGAUAUUAAAAAACAAAUGUAUUGGAAUUUCUAAAAAUGUAAUAUGAUUACAAUGUAAGCUUAAAUAGAUCGAAGUUUGUAUAAUAAAUCUAACCUAGGCUAUAAUGAAAGCGUUGAACCCGGAGCACUCACUUGUAGAGGCGCUCGAUGACUUGGGCAUACUUCGCGUGGACAAUAUUUCGCCGGAUUUUGAGCGUGGGUCCCAGCUCUCCGGUGGCCAGGGAGAAUUCGUGGGGAAUAAGGGCAAACUUCUGCACUCUCUGUGCAUUCGAGAUGGCAUUCUUGUUGGCCCGUUUGAUACCUUCCUCCA